AAUCUAUCUAGGGGAUGGAUGUUUUGUAAUGUGCAUAGGCCUAGAGAAUAUUCUCUAAUUGCUUGUGAUGAAGCAUACAUCUUUGUUUUUUCUUUUCGUUGGAACUUUAGCACCGCGACACGAAGGCUAUCGAGAUUACUUGGGUGACUAGGUGGUGGUCAAGGAUUAAGAUUUAUCAUGCAUUAUUCAAGUAACAACAGAUUCAAUAACUUUGUCUGAUUGCUGAAUCAAUGCAAUGCUGUUAGCCUAUUGUUUUUGUUGAUCUUGUUUUCUUUCUGACAGAGACUUUUUGUGAUAGAUCUGCAUUGGGCUUACUUCCCAUCAUCUGCAAGAUCAGGAUCAAUACCAAUGGAUUCAGGAGACUGGUUUAGGUCAAUCAUUUGCAUAAAAAGAAGGAAGGAAGACAGAUCAAAGCAAGCGAAGGCAAGAAAAAAAUUGUGCCAGCUGAAGGAUACAGCGAGAUUUCAGAGCCUUAUUCAGGAUCACACUUACAUGAAGCAAGCAUCAACUGCAUUGAGCUAUACACAUUCAUGGUGUAGAAUACAGGACCAAAUCAGAACUCGCAGACUCCGUAUGGUACAAGAAGGCCGAAUUCGGCAAAAGAAAUCGGAAAAUCAGUUAAAACUUGAAGCUAAGCUUCAUGAGCUAGAGGUGGAAUGGUGCAGUGGCUCUCAAACCAUGGAGGAAAUCCUUUCCAGGAUACAACAGCGAGAAGUAGCAGCGAUUAAGCGUGAGCGAACCAUGGCAUAUGCAUUCUCUCAUCAGUGGAGAGCCAACUCCAGCCAAUAUCUUGGCCAGGCUUCUUACAACAUUGGCAAGGAAAACUGGGGUUGGAGCUGGAUGGACCGCUGGAUUGCUGCUCGCCCUUGGGAGGUCCGGGUUCAUUCACAUUCUUCCGAUUCAAACAAAGUGCAGACCAAGCAAAGCACAUCAUAUCAUGUGGCCAAGCAGCCAAAGAGAAAAUUAUCAGUUUCAGUUAAACCCGCUAUUUCGAAUGGGAAAGGAACCACGAAAGCAAAAGACAGUGUGCAGACGACGGCUGGAAGAUAAGCUGCCUUUGAAUUAACAUAUGUUGUUCUGAAGAACUUUCAGGCACCCAGCUCAUCCUUCAUCUUUACCAAUUAGUGGCACGAAUUGGUUAUGGUUCUUGUGUAUGUGUUCUUAAUUUGCCGGUUCGGAUUUAGGGUGAAUAUCUCCUGGUGGGUAAGGUAAGAUAGCAGACUUCAUAUUCUAGAUUGUCAACAUCGUUACUUUAAAUACAAUGUAUAGGUCAUAUUAAAAUGCAUGUAUAAACUAUUCUGAUGUAUUGUAUCUGGUGAAGGAAAAUUCUCAACUCUAUUAUCAGGAAUCUGUUUGUUUUUUUAAUGGAAAAUGAUACUCAGUACCUCAUUUGCCAAUCAA